ACUUUGCCUGAAAGAGGCCAUAAUCAGGACUGAAAGCAGCUGUCAUAGGAAGCUAACAAGCUAACAAUUGACGAGUUUACUUAUGGGAACAGUCCCCGGCUGCGUGUGGCUUGGCCUCCCUCCUCCUUGGGCAAUCAUUUAUCAGACACUGGGAGGGGAGCCAGGGCUCCGGAGCAUUUUCCCGGGCAGGCGUCAGGAAUGCAAGGUGGUGUCAGUGACCGGAGAUCAACGCUGGAAUUUUGCAUUUGCUACCGCGGCAGCUGGAGCGAGUGGUUUCGUACAGACGACAGCGUCCCGGAGCAGGGCGCGGCCGUCGUGCGGGCGGGCGUGGGAGCCGCGGCGGGGGCGGGACUUCUCAAGGCUGCUCCGGACUUCGCUUGUGGGUGCCGGGGGCGUCUCCUCGCAGCCUCGGCAGCGGCCGAUCCGUCUGCUAGCACGCCUAGAGUUCAUUCCUGUUGCUUUCGGUGCUCCCGGCCAAGGACCCCGUUGCCAUGGUGAAAGAGAAAGUGGCCCAUCCUCAGGACCCUCGCCACUCAACAGAGAAGCCUGUCAUUCACUGCCAUAAAUGUGGGGAGCCGUGCAAGGGCGAAGUGCUUCGGGUCCAGACCAAGCAUUUCCACAUCAAAUGCUUCACCUGCAAAGUGUGCGGCUGCGACCUGGCCCAAGGAGGCUUCUUCAUAAAGAACGGGGACUAUCUGUGCACCCUGGACUACCAGAGGAUGUACGGGACCCGGUGCCAUAGCUGCGGGGAGUUCGUGGAGGGCGAGGUGGUCACUGCCCUGGGCAAGACCUACCAUCCCAACUGCUUUGCCUGUACCAUCUGCAAGCGCCCGUUCCCACCCGGAGACCGAGUCACAUUCAAUGGGAGAGACUGCCUUUGUCAGCUCUGUGCCCAGCCGAUGUCGUCCGGCCCUAACGAAGCCACCUGCUCCAGCAACUGUGCUGGCUGUGGAAGGGACAUUAAGAACGGGCAGGCGCUGCUGGCGCUGGACAAGCAGUGGCAUUUGGGCUGCUUCAAGUGCAAGUCCUGCGGGAAGGUGCUCACUGGCGAGUACAUCAGCAAGGACGGUUCCCCAUACUGUGAAAAGGACUACCAGGGGCUCUUUGGGGUGAAGUGUGAAGCCUGUCACCAGUUUAUCACAGGAAAAGUCCUGGAGGUAAGUGAUAGAGGCCCACUCAGGUGGCUGCCAUUCUCCCCGCAGGCCUUCAAGCCUCCUGUCUCCUCCUGA